CCCGGAAGUAGCCUAAUAGCUAUUUCAAGAGAAGCGAGUGCAGGGCUCAGGAAUAUUUCGUGAUGGAUUUUCACUCGUUUCCUCAUGCCUGAAAUUAACAUUUUGGAAUAUAAAUUGAAACAAGGUUUUUUUUAAAAGGUUAUCUUUUAAGUCAUUCAACUCUUUCCGGAAUUGUACGGCGUUUAGGACCUGUUUGACAUCAGAUGAUGGCGAAGGGAGUCAAUUUCGCUUUGAUGUUGAAGUGUUAGUUAGAGGAUUUAAAUUAAAAUAAGCCCACCGCAACCAUCACAAUCAGUAAUUGUAUGUCAUUUGUGUCUGUUCUGAAAAUCGUGAACAACAGUGAAACUCCUCCAGAUAACAAAUUAGAAAAGUUGAGUGAUCAAUUGUCUUGUAGCCUAUCGUUUCCUACUGCUCCCGACUUUCAUGAAAAUGUCCAAGAUUGAAAGAUUGAAUGCACGGGUUUCUAAACUGCUGACCGCAGCAGUCCACGAGGUGCUGGAGGUGGUAAAGGAUACGGUGUCGGAGUACCAAGAAAAAACCGCUCGAACUCAGAGGGAGAACGAGAGACUAAGGAAGAAACUUGAGAAACUACAACAAUGGUUUGAUCGAGAAUUGUCACGGGUGUCCAGAACAUAUGCUCCACUGCAGGCUAGCCAAUCAGAGCAGUCCAAAUGCUCAUGUAAACAACUACCGUCCUCUGAGGCAUCGGGCAAGCCAGAGCUGGAGUCCAGAGCGACUUCUGCAGAUGAGGUGAAACAUCAUCUGGAGUUAAAGGUAGAAUCCAACGUCAGCGUUGAGCAGGUGUUUACACACUACAGUGAAGUGGCUCCUUCAUGUGUCACCGUGGUGGACACAGAAAGUGACAGCUCUGCUCACUCACAAUCUGUGAACUCGAAGGAAAUCUCAGCACAUGCUGAAAGUGUAGUGUUCCCCAAUGGACGCUCAUCACUGGCUAACUCCACCUCACCCACUCAGCAAGGGAUGCCUGCCGACGUCAAUAUCAUCAAAGCGGAGCCCGACCUUCUGGAAUAUUCCCUCUCCCAGCAACCCGUGCCUCCACACCAGCUUUACGACCACGAGGAACCCACCCCAGAUUAUGCCCCCAACGCAGCACAGAACAAUGUCCAGGAGUUAGAUCUCCUGCAGCACAGCUCUGAUACUUCAGAAGUGCCACACUACAUCCAUUCUGACGCACUCAAUGCCUUUGUGGAGUCGUUCCCCCUCAAUCAGGCCCAGCAGCAGCAGCAUCUGCGUUUCUCUGGCCGAGAGGAGAGCCACCGCUGCCUGCUGUGCGGCAAGACCUUCAGUCGGCUGAGUGGCCUUCGCAUCCACCAGCGCUGCCACACGGGCGAGAAGCCGUACACGUGUGGCCACUGCGGCCGGCGCUUCAGCCACGCCGGGGACCUGCACAAGCAUAAACGUGUGCAUACUGGUGAGCGGCCAUACGGGUGCCAGCAGUGUGGCAAAAAGUUCCGACAGUCCACCCACCUCAAGAAGCACCAGAGGAUCCACAGCUACCGCCACCUCAGCUUCUGAGAUCUCCUGUUUCAAAACGGACACCUUACUUUAGAUAGACAAUAGGAGUGAUUAAUGUAAAACAAUCUAGACUGGAGUAACUCAAAAUUAGGCACCUCCGAUAUGUUUAGUAUUCUAAAGAUGUCAAAUAGCUUGUUAUAGUUACCAAAAGGAUUGCUAAGGAGCCAAAAGUGAACUCACAUGGAUAGCUAUACUGUAAAAACUGUGCUCUUAUUAUACAACUAAACACGGCAAAAUACCUUUAUAACCCUUGAGCCAGCUGUGAUCUCAAUGGCAAUGCAGCAUUUGUAUGCACCUCCAACUGCAUAGCGUACCUGGUUACUGCCCAAAAAUGUUUGAAAAAAAGAAUAAACUGUUUACCUUUGGUGUGAAAAAGGACUACAGUCAGUGCAUUAUUGCUCUUCUGGUCGCUGCCAUCUUGUGUGGAGAAAGUGUGUUCGGCUGAUCCAAUCCCAAUAUCUCUCCUUACGCGUUCCUGCGAACUUCGUGAGGGCUUAGAGCUGUUCCACUACAAAAUUGUGACGUGCUUGAAGGCUCACUUGCACCCUUUCUGAGCCCUUUCUCCAAGUCGGCAUAUGUGAACACUUGACUCAUAGUGUUGUGACGUGAAACACUCACUGAAAAAACAUCCAAUUUCCAAACAACUGCCAUAAAACGGAAACGUUUUUGUGUUGUGUCAAUUUAAUAUGUUGCAGGUGUUGUCCCAUUUCCUAAUUAGCGUUUUGGACCCUUACACCUUCGCACACUUGAUCACUUACAGUUAAGGGCUUAGGGUUUAGGGGAGAGAUUGAGAUUCAGUCUACAAGUCAGUUACUAACCCUAGGCUUUCUCUCCGUAAGAUGGUAAAAGGUAAAAACGAGUGAUUUAGCCUAGUUUGACGUGGCAAAGCUGUCCCAAAAGGCUACUCUGUGCUUCUCAGUUGUAAAUGCAUAUUUUGGUCUUACUCUGAUCUGCACGGAUUCACAUCAUUUUGUUUCCAAAUGACUUGGAGAUUGAUUGAUUGAUUGAUUGAAACUUUUAUUGAACAACAUCAAGUGUUCAAAAAGAUAUAAAAACACAAUAAAGCCCAAAGGCUUGUUUCCAUUGUGGUCCUUCGGAUGGAAGAGGACUACCAGCACAUGGACUAAAACAUUAAAGGCAAAGGGGAAAGGGGUCAGGCAAAAUACACAAAAAAACAAAUACAGAACAAUAAGGGCUAAAGCAAUCAGACAAGCUGACACAGACAUGCGCUACAAUAAACCACAAUAACUAAGACAGACAGACAAGCAGUCCAAAAAUAGGUUGUUAGACAAAAAUGUUCCUUUAA